UCUUUUACAGAUGAGGAAACCGAGGCUCACAGAAAUGAAAUGUCUUGUCAGGGCUCACACAGUAAGAGAUCCACGAUGGACCCCACGGGCCAGCCCCUGCUGCUCAGUGUUAGCGUGGCCCUCACUGCCAUUGCCGCCGAGGCUUCUAUAAGCAACGAGACCACACCCUUGUAUAAUGAGACUACUACAAACUCGACAGAUAGCAGCCCCACGAAGCCCCUGCUCAUUGGCAUCCUGGUACUGGUCUUACUGUUCAUUUUCUCCGUCCUCCUCGCCAGCUACUUCUUCAGGUUCAGAAGGCAAAGGAAGGCGGUGGUCAGCUCCAAUGACAAGAAAAUCCCCAAUGGAAUCUUGGAAGAGCAAGAGCAGCAGAGAGUCAUGCUGCUGAGCCGCUCGCCCUCAGGGCCCAAGAAGUAUUUCCUCCCCGUGGAGCACCUGGAGGACGAGAUCCGUGUCCGGUCAGCGGACGAUUGUAAAAGAUUUCGAGAAGAGUUCAAUUCUUUACCUUCGGGACAUAUCCAAGGAACAUUCGAAAUGGCCAAUAAAGAAGAAAACAGAGAAAAGAACAGAUACCCCAACAUCCUCCCCAAUGACCACUCCAGGGUGAUUCUCAGCCAAGUGGAUGGAAUUCCAUGCUCAGACUACAUCAAUGCUUCAUACAUAGACGGUUACAAAGAGAAGAAUAAAUUCAUCGCUGCUCAAGGCCCCAAACAGGAGACGGUCAAUGACUUCUGGAGGAUGGUCUGGGAGCAGAAGUCGGCGACCAUUGUCAUGCUGACCAACUUGAAAGAAAGAAAAGAGGAGAAAUGCCAUCAGUACUGGCCAGACCAGGGAUGCUGGAUGUAUGGGAACAUUCGUGUCUCUGUGGAAGACUGCAUCGUCCUGGUGGACUACACCAUUCGGAAGUUCUGUAUACAGUCGCAGCUCCAUGAUGGCUGCAAAGCCCCACGGCUGGUGACCCAGCUCCACUUCACCAGCUGGCCCGACUUUGGGGUGCCCUUCACCCCCAUUGGGAUGCUGAAGUUUCUGAAAAAAGUGAAGACCCUGAAUCCCUCCCACGCAGGGCCCAUCAUUGUUCACUGCAGUGCUGGUGUGGGCCGGACGGGCACCUUCAUCGUCAUCGAUGCCAUCAUAGAUAUGAUGCAUGCUGAGCAAAAGGUUGACGUCUUUGAGUUUGUUUCCAGGAUCCGUAACCAGCGGCCUCAAAUGGUUCAAACUGAUAUGCAGUAUACAUUCAUCUACCAAGCCUUACUAGAAUACUACCUCUAUGGAGACACAGAGCUGGACGUGGCCUCCCUGGAGAAGCAUCUCCAAUCCCUUCACAGCCCCACGGCGCCCUUGGACAAAAUCGGCCUUGAAGAAGAGUUCAGAAAAUUGACAAAUGUUCGAAUAAUGAAGGAAAACAUGAGAACGGGCAACUUGCCGGCAAACAUGAAGAAAGCCCGAGUCAUCCAGAUCAUCCCAUAUGACUUCAACAGAGUGAUUCUGUCAAUGAAAAGAGGCCAAGAAUACACUGACUAUAUCAACGCCUCCUUCAUAGACGGAUAUCGGCAGAAGGACUAUUUCAUCGCAACUCAAGGACCUCUUCCACACACAGUGGAAGACUUCUGGAGGAUGUGUGGGGAGUGGAAAUGCCACACAAUUGUGAUGCUGACCAAGGUCCAAGAGAGGGAGCAGGUGAGGAUAGCCCCAUGGUGGCUUACAGAUGGCUCUGUGACUCACGGAGAGAUCAAUAUUGAAAUAAAGAGCGACAUUUCUGAGGCCAUCAGCGUACAAGAUUUCUUGGUGACUUUCAAUCAGCCUCAACCCCACUAGGAGAAGAAGAGCAGGCUGGUCAGACAGUUUCAUUUUCACGGCUGGCCUGAGAUUGGGAUCCCAGCCGAAGGGAAAGGCAUGAUCGACCUUAUUGCCGCUGUCCAGAAGCAGCAGCAGCAGACGGGCAACCACCCCAUCACCGUGCACUGCAGCGCGGGAGCUGGGCGGACAGGUACCUUCAUAGCGCUCAGCAACAUACUGGAACGAGUCAAAGCCGAGGGACUCCUGGACGUCUUUCAGGCCGUGAAGAGCCUGCGACUGCAGCGGCCGCAUAUGGUGCAAACCUUGGAGCAGUAUGAAUUCUGCUAUAAAGUGGUACAAGAUUUCAUCGAUAUAUUUUCUGAUUAUGCUAACUUCAAAUGAAGAUUCCUGCCUUAAAAUGUUUUUAUUUUAAUUUAAUGGUCAGUACAAAUGUUUGUAAAUCUUGUUAAUUUAUUUCAUAGUUGACAUUAAUGUUGUUUCUAAUUCCUGUGUAUAUAUUUUGUUACACUUUAAAUAUCACCUGCUCUAAAAGAUAGAAAUUAAACCUAACAGCAUUAUCUUUUUUUUUAA